CAGUGUAGAAAUCAAUUUGACGAGAAGCUCCAAUUAGUCUCUGGAGAGCUGUCCUGAGAACUAGGAAGCACAUGUCGAGUUCGUAGUGUAGAAAGUGAAUGGUGUAGCCCUGUUGUAGAUUACGACCAAAAGGGUGCCGUCUGCGUAGCAACGAAGUAUCGUCGUUCGAACAAAUUUCUUCGGUUUCAUGAUGUGCGGUAAAUGCUCGAACAAAGCCAAAAGAUGGUGGUCACUGGGCAUUUCGGUUGGAAUUUGUGUGAUAGCGAUUGCAUUUGGCAUAGCGUGGCCGUUCAUAAUUCGGGGUGAGAUAGAAAAGCAGUUUGCCUUUGCACCUGGAAAAGAGGUCUACGAAAAUUGGCUGAAUCCACCGAUCGAUAGCUUCCUGGAGCUAUACCUAUGGAACUGGACGAAUGCAGAGGACUACCGGAGUGAAAAACCUCAUUUGGAGCAGCUGGGUCCGUACACGUUUCGAGAGAAAAUGGAACGUAUUGGGCUCGUCUGGAAUGAUGAUGAGGAUACACUUACUUUCAGCCAGAGGCGCACAUGGCACUUUGAACCAGAACUAUCUAAGGGCGACUUGGAGAACGAUAAGGUGGUGACCAUCAAUCCCAUUUUGCUGACCCUAGGGUUCACCAUGAAGGAUAGUCCUUUCCUUCCAUUCAUAAACGCGCUACUCAACGAAAAUCCUCAGUUUGUGGAUAACCCAUUCUACAACUUGAGAGCCAAAGAUGUCCUGUUUGACGGUUAUGAAGAUUUGCUGCUUAAAAACCUUUUGCAAGUUGUGGAACAAAAUCCUGUAUUGGGAGAAGAGUUCGAUCUACCACCGUUUGACAAAUUUGGUUGGUUUUACGGAAGAAAUGAAAGUGAGACUUACGACGGAAAUUUCACUAUCGGAAGAGGUACGGACGGUUUCCAGAAUCUAGGUAUCCUAAAACUUUGGAAUGCAGCCAAUCAUACUGGAUUUUAUCGGGAUGAGUGCGGAGCGGUGAUUGGAACAACAGGAGAGCUAUGGCCACCGUUCCAAGAACGCCAGUUUACUAAUGUAACGGUUUUCUCACCGGACAUAUGUAGCGCCGUAACGUUACAGUACGAUGGUACCUUCAGGCUACACGGGGUAGAAGGCUUAAAGUGGAAAGGAAACGACCGAGUCUUCGAUAAUGGCCAUCACUACAGCGAAACUGCUUGCCAAUGCACUGCUCCGAAAGAAGAAUGCCCGUUCCUGGAAUAUGGCGCUUUGGAUGUAUCAAGCUGUAAAAUGGGAGCUCCAGCGACUGUCUCCUUUCCACAUUUCUACUUGGCCAAUAAUUCGUCUCUGGAUGCAGUAGAAGGAUUGAAUCCGAACAAAGAAGAGCACGAGUUUAUGAUGGCCUUGGAACCAUACACCGGAAUUCCACUUCAAGUGAAAGCUCAAUUGCAGGUUAAUCUUCUGAUGGAGGAUUACAAGCUGACGUUGCUGGAAGGCAUACCGAAAAUCAUGCUCCCCGUUUUAUGGUUCCGGCAAACAGCACAACUCAAUGAGGAUCUAGCAAGUGAUUUGAAGACGUUACUCGUUCUGCCGUAUAUUGGGAUCUAUGUUGCCAUCGGUGUCGGGAUAUUGGGCGUUUUCUGUCUGGCGCUCUUCUUGCACUACUCCCUGAAGGUCUGGAAAUGAAAACUUCCAUCGUAUUUUCUUGUAUAAAACGUAUAUGACGAUCGAUAUUUUAUAGAAGCUUUUGAUAUUACAUACUUUUAUAGAUAACCAU